CGCCAUUAAAUCACUUUCUCCCUCUCUGUCUCUCUCUUCCUUUUCUCUUGCUCCUCUUUUUUCUUGACGGGCUUGUAUUUUCUCGUCCUCGACCCCUCCCUCACUCUUUCCCCGCUCCUUCUUCCGCUUUUAUCUUCUCUUUUUCCCACUACCCGAGCCAGAUAUUGCUUGUGCUUUGGCUCUCUUUAUAUACUCCCUCUUGGGUUUCCGAGGCUAGCUACGAAAUCUCUCGCUUCACUACACCACCAUUUUUUAGCCUUUUGCCGUAUCGAAAUGAACCGAAAGAUGGGCGGGUGCGCGCGUAGCGGCAACCACCGUUUGCUCAUCCCUCUCUUGUUCUUCUUCUCCUUCCUCUUCUCCUUCUACCCUUUGGCCUUCUCUAAGUUGUCGUCACCUCAAUUCGAAGUCAUGACCAAUCUCCGGAAAAUAUUGAGUCCUGACUUGUCGUGGAACAGCACCGACGACCCGUGUGGAUGGAAAGGGGUCACAUGCAGUCGGGAUAACUCUUCCGUGAUCGAGCUCUCUCUCUCUGGGUUCUCUCUCGCUUCCUCCGGCUUUUUGUCUGUGAUUUGCCAGAUUGAUUCUUUACAGGUUCUUGAUCUGUCCGACAACCAUUUGGGCUCACUCCCUGCUGAGUUCAUCACUUCUUGUGGCAAAAUUGUGUGGCUCAAUCGGUUGAACUUCAGCAGGAAUGCACUGGUAGGUCCUUUGCCUUCUUUUACUGGUUUUGUUGGGUUGGAGGUCUUGGACUUGUCUUAUAAUCAAAUGAAUGGAAACAUUGACUCAAAAUUAGAUGGGUUAGUCAAGUUGAAGAGUUUGAAUCUUAGUGUGAAUAAGUUCCAGGGGUCAGUUCCAGUUAACCUGUCCAAGGUUCUGGAGGAGCUCCAGCUUUCGGUCAAUGAAUUCGAAGGUGAAAUCCCUGUGGGAGUCGCAGAUUAUCGGAAUUUGGUCCUGCUUGAUCUUAGCGUGAACCGGCUUUCAGGCAAAAUCCCGGAUAGUCUAGCUAAUAUCACAUCACUUUACCGUUUCUCUGCAAACCAAAAUAACUUCAGCGGCCCAAUUCCCAUUGGGUUAACAAGGUCUCUCAAAAUUUUGGAUCUUAGCUACAAUAAUCUGAGUGGGUCUAUUCCGCCCGACCUUUUGUCGCAGUCAAAUUUGUUGCGUGUGGAUUUGUCUUACAAUCAGUUGAAGGGGCUGAUACCUAAAAAUAUAUCGCCUGACAUGUUCAGGUUGAGACUGGGUAGCAAUUUACUUAGUGGUACGAUCCCUUCUGAUUCGUUGGGAAGCCUUGGGAAAUUGACGUACUUGGAACUGGAAAAUAAUAGCUUGACAGGAGCAGUCCCUCCGGAACUGGGCAAAUGUCGGAGUUUGGCCCUGUUGAAUUUGGCGCAGAAUAAUCUCACUGGUCCCUUGCCACCAGAGUUGGGAAAUCUCAGCAGUAUUCAAGUCAUGAAGCUCCAGUUCAACAAGAUUAGUGGGGACAUCCCAGGCCAACUUAUGCAGUUAGUGAGUUUAGCACAGCUGAAUAUCAGCUGGAACCUGCUGACUGGUACCAUUCCAUCUUCUCUUCCGAAGUUGCGGAACCUCACUACCUUGCAUUUGCAGCACAACUAUCUGAAUGGCCCAAUACCCACUGGCAUAGAGAGCUUACCAGGUUUAUUAGAACUCCAGCUGGGGAAAAAUCAACUUAGUGGGCCUAUCCCGACCAUGCCACAGAGUUUGCAGAUUGUUUUGAACCUCAGUAGUAAUCAUUUCAAUGGGAAUAUCCCGGAUACUUUCUCUCAGUUAGGAAACCUAGAGAUUUUGGAUCUUUCAGACAACCGGUUUUCAGGUCCGGUUCCCCAGUCAUUUACUGAGAUGGCGGCCCUGACACAGUUGAUACUUUCCAAUAAUCGUCUGUCAGGUAUUCUUCCGAAGUUUAGAAAAAUGGUUAGAGUGGAAUUUGGUGGAAACGAAGGCCUCAUUAUUGGGACACCACCGAGCCCUGAUGUCAUACGGAAAAGAAACUCUGUUGCUGUGCCAAUCCUUACUGCACUGGGCUCUGCUGUUUUUGCCGUGUUUGUCGUUGCAGUGGUUGUUAUAUCAGUAUCAAAACGCUUUUACCGUGUCAACGACGAGCACUUGCAAUUAGGCGAGAACCUUCCUCUUCCUCAAGUCAUCGACAGCAGCUUUUUGACUUCAAGUGGUAUCCACAGAUCAAGUAUAGACUUCACCAAGGCCAUGGAAGAAGUUUCUGAUCCAACGAAAAUCAUUUUGAAGACCAGGUUUUCAACCUAUUAUAAAGCAACCAUGCCAUCUGGAACAAGCUACUAUAUCAAGAAGCUUAACUGGAGCGAUAAGAUAUUCCAAUUGGGUAGCCAUGACAAGUUUGGACAAGAGCUAGAAGUCCUGGCAAAGUUAAACAACUCCAAUGUCAUGACCCCACUAGCCUAUGUCUUGACUAUUGAUAGUGGGUAUCUCUUUUAUGAGUAUGUGCAAAAGGGCACCCUCUUCGAUGUUUUGCAUGACAGCUCUAAUGAAUUGGAUUGGGCAAGCCGUUACAGUAUUGCAGUUGGAGUGGCUCAGGGUCUUGUGUUUCUGCAUGAUUGUUCCUCCGGUCCAAUUCUCCUGCUCGACCUUUCGAGUAAGAGCAUUCUGCUCAAGUCCUUGAAGGAACCUCAGGUGGGAGAUAUCGAGCUCUGUAAGGUAAUCGAUCCAUCAAAGAGCACAGGCAGCCUCUCUACUGUUGCAGGAUCUGUUGGCUACAUACCUCCAGAGUAUGCUUACACGAUGAGGAUAACGACGGCUGGAAAUGUGUAUAGCUUCGGGGUCGUGCUGCUGGAACUGCUCACUGGGAAGCGAGCGUGUAGCCAGGGAACCGAGUUAACAAAGUGGGUGUCAACUAACACUUCAAAGCAAGAUAAGUGGGACCACAUCCUCGAUUUUAGUGUGAGUAGAACAUCCCUCACCGUGAGGAGCCAAAUGCUUGCAGUUCUGAGAGUUGCUCUGGCAUGUGUCAGUAUAAAUCCUGAUUCAAGGCCGAAAAUGAAGAGUGUACUCCGCAUGCUUCUCAAUGCUAGGUAAAUCCUUGUCUAGCUAAUACACUACUGCUUAUGUAAAAGAGGUGACGGAAAGAAGCAUGGUCCUUUUGUUUUUUUUUUUUUUUUUUAACGUGUUCCGUUUUGUUUAAUAUGGUUUGUAAUAGAGAAGAUUAGGAUUAGAUGGAGGUACGAUUUCUCUUGCAGCUACAUACGUGUUUCAAAGUAAACCCUUCAUGUCAUGUAAAAAGUUCUAAGGUGUUCUCAUGGAAAACAGGCAAAAUUUUGGGGUUGAAAUUGAUAAUAUUUCGAGCUUAUUCGAGCCAUAUUAGCCUUGUUCAGCUUUCUCCAUUUUAUGGGAGAGUUUCUUAAAGAACUGUUUCGGUUCUGUUUAUCUCA